AUGUGGAUUCUUGAUUCGACCGGUGAUUUUCUGGAAGGGAAGCGCGUGUGGCUGCGGCCUGGAAAGAAGUAUCUAUUCGGUCGAUUCUAUCGAGACGGAGUCCGCCAUGCUGUCAACCACAACUCGAUAUCCCGCAAGCAUAUGACCAUUGAAAUCUCACCGGUCACUCCGAAAGAUGGGUUAUCACCACUAGCGCGAUCCAACAUCACUAUAACCGAUUUAGACUCGAAGAAAGGAACAGUCGUUGAUGAAAAGAGAAUCCAGGGAGAAUACAAAUUGGAGAAGGGCGAUGAGCAUGUCAUCCAGCUCGCGAAAUACCAGCAUGCGCUCCGGAUCAAAUGGGAGCCUGUGGUUCUAACCUUGUCAGCCUCCUCCAAGCAGGUGCGAGGUGAAGAUCCUCUAGCCCAUGUUCGCUCGCGUCUAGAAGACCUCGACAUUAAGACCGUCAUGGAUUAUAUUGUCGAUCACACAACACAUGUGGUACAGCGCAAACGGAAUACAGCCAAGGGUCUUCAGGCACUCGUCAACGGGAAAAUGAUGAAUCACUCUGUCCUCUCGAAACCGACUUCGAAUCGGCCUGGCCCGAUCCAAAUCAACACCUCCCGCCUCCCGGGAAAGAGCCAACUCAGCGUCCCCCCCGCUGCUUUCGCUCCAAAUUCUGCACGUCUUAAUGUCUUCGAGGGAUAUACGUUCAUCUUCGGUGAUCCAGCCCAGUUUGAAAAUCUGCAAGGUCCAAUCAACAAUGGCCAAGGAAAAGCGCUUUUAUACGAAAUUGAAGAUGGGGUCACAACUGCCGCAGAUAUCGUUCGGUUCAUGAAAAAAGCCGCAGGACGGAAAGGCGUGGGCAGCGAGCGGCAUGCUUCCGGUGGUGUCGUUCUUGUUCGCUUUCGAUCAAAAGGAGACCUCGAACAAUGGUCCAUUGACGUCGGUAAUGAAGUUGCUCUGAUGACCGACCAGCGCGUGAUAGAGCAACGAGAGUUCCUUGACGCUAUCCUUGGAAAUGAUGCGUCACCCCUCUGCCGUCCCUUGCCCACGGAGGAGGGCUCUAGUCAGAUCUCCGCAUCUACACCAGCGAUCGAGCCUGCACAAACCAGCCAACCAGGAAUCUCCGUCGUGUCCGGACCGGUAUCGGUAGCGCCCCCUGAUCCUGAGCCUAGCCAGCCCUCGACAGCUCGGGCGAAGACACACCGUGUGCGUGCAUACGUCAGUAAAAUGAAAACCUUCGAUGACGGAUUCGACAUGGAAUCUGUCCCAGUGUAUGCGCCUGAAGAAGAAGAGGACACCACCAUAAUCAACUCCACUCAGACCGUGGAUGUCGAAACUCAAGCGCCGUCCCAAGCAACCCAGCCCCUGGAUACAGUAAAGGAGGAGCUAGAGGAUCCCGUCACUGAUCUUCUUCCGGGCGCCCGUGCAAUGAAGCGCCGUCGUGCAGAGAUGGCUCGCCAUCAAACAGAGGGAGAGGCCAUAGCCCCUGAACCCGAGGCCCCCAAACGCAAGCGACCUAAACUCGACGUGCUCGAAGCCGCCCGGAAGCACCGAGAAGAUGAAGAGCAGCAACGCAAGGCCGAGGAAGACUCACAUCCAGCCGACUUUGGUGAUGUGGAUGUGGACCAAUUGAAGAACCUGGCCAUCGUGGAAGAAAUGGAGAUUCCCGUCCGGAAUGCACCAGCGCGCGAGGAGGAAAGCUCGGGGCGUUGGAACGAUCAAUGGAAUGGGCGCAAGAACUUCAAGAAAUUUCGGCGUAAAGGCGAGUCGCGUACUCGAGCUCGUAUUCAGACGGUAAUCGUUCCUCUAGAAGAAGUGACCCGCAAAGACUAUGGUAUCGGCGAUCACUAUUGGGGCAGCAAUUCCGCUGAGACGGACUCUCGAAUCGAACCUGAAGGUCCGGAUUCUGAGGAUCAUCGUGAUGAAGUUGCCCCAUCACGGCCCGAGCUAUCAGCGACUGCCCGCACCUCGCCUGAACCGACUCCAGACCCAACUCCAGCUCGGCGCCCGAAGAGGGCUCGCGAGGAGCGCGAUUCGGAUAGCGAUGAUGGACUUCGUUUCCGUUUCAGGCGUAAGCGUUAG